AUGCCAUUUGCCAUCGUUCAAACUCUCAGCGCAGGAGGGAGAAAGGAACUCUCGGCUGUUCCCGAAAAAUGGCUGGAUAAAUCCAUUCAAGGAGAUAUUUUGUUGUGGCCAAACGUCAAGUCCAGUACCGAACAGGCGACAUUGCUACGUGAUGAAAAUUCUACACCAGGAAAAUCCUGGUUAAAAUUUAAAUGCCGAAUUAAACGCAAAAACAUGCCAUCAUAUGCUCAAGCUGCUCUGGUAAUCGAUGAGAUGUCAGGUUGCUCUUCUUCGGAUGUCAGCAUGGUCCCUCGGAAAAGAAAAAAAAAUAACAAAACAGCGCCGGCAAACUUUCAAAGUAUGCUGAAUUUGCCCUCAGUUGAGCCAUCUCCACAAAUCACAAUCACACCAUUCCACGAUGUUCCACCCAACUCUACAAAUGCACCACUAUCUAAUAAUCAAAAUGCGCCUAUAAUGAAAACAGCUGGGUCUCCUCCACGAACGCCUCUUCAGCCAAUACUAGUACCAGUGACACCUAAUUUCAAUCAGCCCUACUUUGAAUUUGAUCAGAACAACAGAGAUUUUCCUGAACCUGGCAAUCCGCAAUCGGCAUCUGAAAACUCUAUUGAACAAUGUGUGGACUAUUUGAAACAGCUCAUUGACAUGCAACGAAAAUCCGACGCCAUAAUUGAUGUUCGAAUUUCAUCUCUGGAAAAAAGAUUGGCCCACCAGUCAACGCAAAUGGAGUUUAUUAUGGAUGCCAUAAGAUGUCGUAAUGGUCAAGAUGGAUCAGCAGAAGCAGGCCUAUCGUUUAACUUGGAACCUAUUAAUGAUUACCGAAAAUUUGAAGAUUUUGAGAAAAGCCUUGAAAAUGAGUCAUAUAGAUCAAAUCUGAUGAAAUGGCUUCGCGUGAACGUAAGUGGCGAUUGUGCUGAUGACCGUAUGAUUUGUUUACUGGAUUUGAUAAUGACCAAAGAGUUCCAGGUGCAGUGCACUUGGACUGGCUCAAGUCGUAAGGGUCCUAAAAUUGCAGUAAUGAUUCAUCGAAGAUUUCUGAAGGUUUUUGUGGACAUUGGAACUGAUGAAACGGAAAUUGUCACACAGCACAAAUUGGCCAAUUUUUUUAAGAAAAAGUUGAAAAAUGCUACUAAAAGAUUACAAUCUGCUGGAAUACGUCGGAGUUCACGCCAUGUUGUCAAAAAAAGGAACACUAAACGAGGAAAAGCAGACUACAGGAGCGAUGAACAAACCGUGGAUAACAUGAAAGGACAAGCUGCCAACCAAAACUCAGAUGAUACUCUUCAAGCGAACUGUAUCCAAGAUACGAAUGAAAUUCAAGUUCACCAACACAUGACCACAGAAAACUCCGAACCCCAUGAACCAUCAACAUUUAUCGAUGAAGCACCUUCCACUGAAAAGGAUAUGGACUCAGUAUCAUCAAGCGACAUGUCCUCCACCAAGGACGUUUCUUCGUAUGAAAGCAUCGUUUUAGAAGAAUAUGACUUAUCAGACGACAACAUAUCCGACGUAUCUGAUUGA